ACGUCACGAGUAUUGCAGUCAGCCAGCUCCAGCCAGCAGCCAGUUCGCCAUUGUGAUUGAGCUUCUUGAGCGUGCGAGUCGAGAUACGUUAGCUCGAAAAGGUUGCCGUUUAAAUCGCUGGGAGUUUUGCGUUCGCAGCUUCCUGCCGUGCGGCGAGACAGAAACAUGUCUUCUCCAAGCGCUGGGAAGAGGCGGAUGGAUACGGACGUCAUAAAACUCAUUGAGAGCAAGCACGAAGUCACCAUCUUGGGCGGCCUGAACGAAUUCUGCGUCAAGUUCUACGGUCCCAAAGCGACGCCCUACGAAGGUGGGGUGUGGAAGGUCAGGGUGGACCUGCCCGAGAAGUACCCCUUCAAGUCGCCGUCCAUAGGUUUCAUGAACAAGAUCUAUCAUCCCAACAUUGACGAAGUGUCUGGUACGGUGUGUCUGGAUGUCAUCAACCAAGCAUGGACAGCGCUGUACGAUCUGUCGAACAUCUUUGAGUCAUUCUUGCCCCAGCUGCUGACAUACCCCAACCCCAUCGACCCUCUCAACGGGGACGCAGCCGCCAUGUACCUGCACAAGCCGGAGGAGUACAAGAAGAAGGUGCAAGAGUACGUCAAAAAGUAUGCGACGGAAGAGGCGCUGCGGGAGCAGGACAACGAGUCGUCGAGCAGCGAGAGCUCCAUGAGUGACUUCUCGGACGACGAGACGAAAGACAUGGAACUCUAAGAACAGGGGAAGCGUGCAGCACAUCAUUUUAUCGUUUUUUUUUUUUUUUCGCCAAUCUUCGCAAGGGGAAAAAAAGAUAAUCAUCACUCGCCCCCCCCUCUCGACCCUGCCGGCAGUGCAUGCCGCGGGAGAGCUCGUGAGGAGGCGGGGCUUGCGCGCACGUCGUGGUUUCGUCAUCCAUCCGACGUUUCAUCGUGUGCACUGUAACCCCACUUUUUGUUCGGAGACCUCCCUUUUCCCCGGGCACAUUUAUUGAUUUGUGUGCGUGUGUGUGUGCAUGAAUUUGUGAACGCACGCGUGCGUCGGUGUUAGUAACCGUGCAAAGAGAGAGAAAAAUCUUGCAUGCGCCCAUCUGUACAUUGCAUGUUUUUAACGAGGCUUCCACAAAGAUAGUGGAAGGGCAGCCGUGGAGCACAUACUUUUGCCCCCCUUUAUCUUUUGGUUGUGUCGGCGGAGAGAAGAUGUAGCUUGAAGCAUCCGGGGCGCAGGGGCUUGCUUAUUUUAAUUACAGCUUUUAGCGUGGGCGUCCUUCGGUCCCGUUGACAAAACAUGCAUUGAUUUCGACGUCGAUGACACGAGGACCGCUCGUUUGGUUUCGAAAGCAUGGAUCGAGGCCUCGGUUUUGGAGAGUUGACUCACGAUUUAUCUUUUCAUUCUGUUGGAAAUUCUACGGCUAUAUUGAAGCCUCCAGGAUAUUCCUUUCCGGUAACCAUUUAACGAUGCCUUAGGCUUCCAGAGCCAUGAUUUCCCCAUUUGUCUUACUUUUUUUUCCACUUCGUUAUGGAACUGUCAUACGAAACGUCCGGCCAGAUUUGCGAGUUGGUAAAUGCCAGAUUGUCAAACUGAAAGCGUUAAGCAUUUUAGUUUUAUUUCUACUCUGCGAGGUGCAGCGCCCUUUUGUUUGAUGCCCGCGCUCCUGUUUCGUCGCUGUUGUUUCUUUGAGAGAAAUCAAAAACGGAAUUGCGCAGACCUAUAGGUCGAUCUCCCUCAUGCGAGGAUAAUCACUGUAUUGAUCGUGGUCACCACCUUCGAAAUUGCCACCCACAAAAUUUAACGAUCCCGGAGACCACGACAUUGUGCCUUUGAGAGGACAAAAUCUUCUCCCCUUGCACCUUCUUUGUGAGAGCCAAUUUCGUCAUGUCUCCACAUUUGUGCGCAGUUGCAGUGAUGUAUGUAACUGAUAGACGCUUGGAAGUGGUUUCAAAUUAGUUUCAGUUGGCGGCGCAUUGAAAGUGUUGAGCAAUCGUGCUCCGAUGGAAGUGUUACGGGCAGGCUGGAAACAUUUUGCGGAUAUAGUGCCCAACGUUGCCAGGUCCCGACGCACCACGACUCUGGGCUUUGGCCGCAACUAGCUAAAAAGAGUAUUUUUGUGGCUUCUGUCGAGGCGAAGAGGACGAGCACGUUUGGGAGGGGGGGGAAGAAAACAUUGCGAAGAUUUCUUUUUUUAACUUAUUGAACACGCACAUCAUGAAUCAUGCGCAAAUGGCAGUACUUUCUCUUUGCGUUCCUUUCCGCUUCUUGCCGUUUGCGUCAUCUGCAAGCCGCAGUGUGUUCUGUGUGCACUUUGCCGACGCGCAGAUCGGCAGAAACGAAACAACUGGGCUCGUCGUUGCGACGUGCAACAUUUUGCUGCUGGGACGUGGUAAAGAUAUUGAGACAACUUUAUGCUGGUGAGCAUUAAAAACUGUGAUAGAUUGCUGCAAAUGCCAAUGUGUUGGGGGGAGGGCGGGGGACGGACGUUAAGUCCUAAUUCGUUCGAGGCGUCUGUCAGGAAGGGAAGAGUCCACUAGUAAGAGCUUUAGGGUAAACGAGACGUAAGGUUGCGCAGAUUGCUUCGGCUUAAAAAAUCUAGUGUCAUGUUGGCACAAGGUUGGAUGUAGUGAGGACGUGACACCGCGGCUGGGUUAGCGUGACGGCCAUCGAACGCGAGCCGUUGCACGAUUCUGUAGCGGUAGGCGGAUCAGAGUGCGACGACGCGUAUCGGUGUUUCUGGAUGUUUAGCGCGGAUGUCCGAAGUCUGCGAGACGACGGACGAAAGAAUACUGGUGCUCCCGAAUUUCGCCCAGACACUAGUUUGUGUUUUCAGUGUCUGGCGUUUCAGACUUUUCCCCGUCCCCAGCACUCGAGUCUCCCCCGUUCUAGACGUUUCUCCUUCCACGGCUUAGGCGGUGUUUAGAAAGCGGUACUGUGCUUGUGCAAAGUGGGGGAAAAAAAAAAGGCGGUCUCGUUUUGUCGUGCGCCAAGCGCUCGUUGUCGUUCUUUUUUGUGGUCGUCGCCAGCUAGCUCGGUGAAAAGAAUGUGCCCCCAAACGGACGAGCCUUCUCGUAGCCAGUCUGAUGGCUUUACGAGGCUCGUUUUCGAAGCAAUAUUUACCCAAAAGACUGAUGGAUUGGCAGUGAACGUUGGCGUCGCUGCUUCAGACUUUCGUUAUUCGCGGGUUCGAAUUUAGUCUCGUUUUCGCUCGGGUCGAUUGCGGCGACGAGUAAACGGGCGGGGCAAAGACGGCAACGUCUUGAUAAUGAUUGGAAGCUCCAGAAUGACAUAAUUUCGUCGAUUCCAAGUUGGCAUUCUCGGGUAUCCGCCACAAAAAUGCAGUCAAAAGCCGGUUUAUCUUUUUUGUUUGCUUGCUGCAAAUGUUUUGACUAACUAUGGAGGGACACUGAAGGCUAGAGGAAACCCGCAGACGCGUUUUAGAGAUGCGCAGGGCGUUCUCUUGACGGGAGAGCGCGUUGAAAGCGUCGUGUGUUUUGCGUUGUGGCCACUGCCAUCUCCCCGUUUCUGGGAGGACCUGGUCUUGUAGGCUUGCAGUCAGCGUGGAGUUGCAAAGCAGGUUGCCCCGAGUGCGCCGCAGGGAAGCACCCCCCGGCAGGAACGCGGUUUUGACGCAGAGCUUUUUCGUCGAGUAGUGCCAGCGUGUUGCCUAGGGCGUGUAUCUACCCCGCUCCUCUCGUCGGUUUGCUGUCUCUUUUCGAGUAUAUUUUUUUUUAGUUCUGGAGUGUAAAGAGAAAAGACACCAUAGUAUAUAUGAAAUUAUAAAAUAAAGCUAUAUUCAUUUUUUGCUAA